AUGGCGGACGCAGGCGACGAGGCUACCCACGUACAGGAGCCCCUUGACCUUGUCAAGCUUCUGCUUGAUGAGGUUGUUUUCGUCAAGCUCAGAGGUGAUCGUGAGCUCAAGGGCCGACUUCAUGCUUAUGACAGUCACUGCAACCUUGUGCUGGGAGAGGUCGAGGAGACGAUCUACGUCGUGGAUGAGGAUGAGGAAGAUGAGGAAGUGAAGACCAUCAGCCGAAAGUCAGAAAUGCUCUUUGUUCGAGGUGACAGCGUGGUCCUCAUCUCCCCCCAGGGUUCUUCAUAG